AUGGAUAAGCCCGAGGUUCCAGACGCUCCCGCGGUUCCUGGACCGCCAGAGCUUCCAUAUUCACUCAGGUCCCGGAAAAGGUCUAUUGCUAUAUUUUGGACACUGUUUGUAAUCGAUACUCUUGUCCAGCCCUUGGUGCUUUACUUUACCUUAUGGUACUGCACCAAUCUAUCACAUAACUUGGUGUUUACCAUAAGUACCGCUGCGCUUGGAGGAGUCGCCGUUGUGGAAUAUUUUUAUCGGUUCUAUAACCUGUACAGAAAAGGGUCGAAAGUGAGGCCGUUGAAUGCUAGGAGAUCAUGGCUUGAUUUCUUUCAGGUGAACUUCACAAUAGUAUGGCUCAUCCUUGCAGUGGAGCUAAUCAUAGGAACGGUCCAAGAAGAACCAUACAUUCGCCUCCUAGCAAUGCCACUGCCCACCGUGAUGUUCUAUUUCGGACUCGUUCAUUUAACCCUCGAUCUCCUUCGUGCCUUAGGCUAUCAGGCCCCCUUCCGCAUAUCAUCAACACCUAAGGGAUAUGUCAUGCCCACAGCCUUAUAUGUAUUGAUUGAAGAUGUUGUUGCUGUGGAUGGUGGGGGUGGACAGGUAUAUAGAAGGGCACUUCGGGACCGAUAUCUCUCCAGCCCUUACUUCAGACAGAUGCUUUUUGAAAUGAACUGUUUUUGGGGUGGCGGCUCAGUCAUUUUCGCAGCUGUUAUAACUGCUCUGGUGUUCACAACUCCAAGAGAUGUGGCAUAUACGCUUGGAUGGUCUUUACCAUUCGUGUGGGCUGGCGCUUGGGUCCUUAUUACCAUUCCCUGGGUACAAGCUGAUCUCCGCAAGGAGAAAGUUGCGUGGGGGAAAUAUUCCCUUCAUGGAAUUCCUUACACCGAUGAUAUCACUUGCUCUACACCCCAGACUCGGUUUAUCUCCGCUUCCGGCAGGCUGAUGUCCUCGUUACCAUUCCACAAGCCGGCAAACCCUGAUAGAGCGGAUAAUCACAACGCUGCCUCGGUUAUCUCUGAGGCUGUAUGA